AUGCAUGACCUCUGUUCAUUUGAACCUGAAAUUAUUGCGCCUAAACGUAGAAUGUACAGCGAAGAAGCAUGGAGACGUUAUUUGGAAUAUCAAAAGAGUCCAACAUCUUUCCAGCCAUUGGAAUCAUCGUCAAAUAUGCACGUCGAUCGACGGCGAACUAGCGCUGCUGGGCAUGAAGAAGAACAUCCAGAGCAUUCUUCGGACACCUUUGAACCAUCUGAACAUUCAGUGUCAAAUACAAGGCAAAAUAAACUUUAA